AUGGCAAAACGGAAACAAUCCGCAAGCUCCGACCCCCAGCCUUCCAAGAGGGCCAAAAUAAAUAAAACCUCAGCUCCCCGUUUAUCUAAAUCCCAGCCCGACCCCGCCUCUUUAUCUAGUCCCUCCUACCCACAGUUCGUUCCACCAGGCCCUCCGAGCACCGAGGGGUUCCACGGCUCUUUAACAACUCCUUCGUCACCUUAUACUUCGUCUUUUGAGUCCCCUACGCACGUUGAACAAGGUCCACCGCCGACCAAGAAACCUUUGAACGUAUACUUCCAGUAUAUGCACCCCACCCUCGCGAAACUCAAGAAGAAUGACACCCUCCGGGCCCUGAUUGGACAGGACCAGAGCAUCCGUGUUGUACUCGCCGGAAAAAUGUGGCGCCAUCGUCAGGCGGAGUCCGAGGGACAUUAUCACGACUCGGAUACGGCAUCCACCCCCGACGACACGCUGCGACACGGAGACCACGAGAAAUGGUGGCACACGAGGCUGGAGGUCAUCGCCAGAGCUCUCUACAAUGACGUUGACGGGAAUGCACUCUCGAAGAUUGUAGCAGAUUGGGAGGAGGAGAAUCCUGAGCCUUCGACUUUCCAGUGCGUGUGGGAGGCAGUUUCAACCCCAGCGGCUGUCGAAGCCGCUUCGUCCUCCAUGCCCCCGCCCGAUAUUCCGAAGAACUCUCUCGAUGGGCCACUUCUCGAAAUAAUUCCAUUUGACGGAAAGACAUUCUCAUCUCAUCCUAAACCCACCGUGACCCCCAAGACUCGUGCUCGCUCACAGUCUGACAAGACGUCUCGUGCGCGCAAGACACCCAAGGCAAAAUCCACAGCCGCUCCCCCUCCCAUCUCGCCCGCCCAUCCGUUACCCAGCUCAAGCAUCCCAAGCAGUGCAGAGGGCGACGUAGAUGGUGAGACGGACGACGCCGAUCCUCCCGUCACCCAGGCUGCCACUCGUGUUGAUAACACUGCUCGCGUCUUGUCUCCUGCUCCCACUCUCUCAUCCACCGCCUCCUCCCGCACCUCCGCCCUCCCUCCCACCGAUACCAACGCCCACCAAAGACCAAACGCCCCGAGCCGUCCUUCCCCCCUCUCCAUCGACACUACGCCCUUCCUCACGGGUGACGAUUCAUCCUUGCAGUCCUCCGCAUCAAGUGGGCCGAUCUCACCUGCGCCUUGCGCUUUGAGCACGCCACAGCCACAGACUGAUGUUUCGGCUCCUGCGACGACUGUCUCCUCGUCACCGGCAGGAACUGCAAGGCCUGUGCCAGUCGUUUAUCCCACGUCAGAGUCGCAGUCCGUACCCAUGCAACACGCGCCUGUGCCCUACAGACCGCUGAACUUGAACGGAGCCGGGCUCGAAAUGACGGGCUCGCAAUAUUCGCAUGUUGUUCCUACGCUCUCGAGCCAAAUCGGUUACGGCCCAGUGGACUCCUACGAAGGGUACACUUCAUCUUCUGUAUCGUCUAGGCCUUCGCCCGGAUUUGAUUCCUAUUCCUCUGCGUCGAAUUGGACCUCCCCCGCCUCGUCUGCAUCCCCCGCCCCUGCUUCCGACACCGAUCCCGCCUCCAUCUCCGUUCCUAGGCCUUGCGACUCGCCUCUGGUUGGUGGUGCCGACCACGUCGCGCUGCCCGAGGGAGGGUUUGUUCGUCAGGAUCUCGACGACGAGCCCAGCCAGUGGGCACUGAUCAAGAGUCCCGCGGCCUUGGGUGUGUUGACCGACAAAGAUGGGACAGCGUACGUGAAUAGCGACAACAACCAAACGCGCGACGUAGACGCUAUCGACAUCCGUGUCUGCUCCCCGCCUCAGUGCCUGCCUACGAACCUUAUGAUGGCGUCGUCUUCAUCGUCUGGGAUGCAUAUGCAGACCAGCUUCCUCGGCCCCACCAUCUCGACGGAAUCGAAUGACGCCAGCGGCGACGGGUUGUACUAUGACGGCCCGAUGUAUGGGUCUUCAUCGUCUUCAUCGGCAGGGUUCGAGACGAUGCUUCAAGGGGAGAUACAGCUGGAGGGCUCCGUCUAUACCUCCAUCCCAGAGCAGGAUACAGUGACAGUCGAGGAGGAGGAGGAGAAAGAAGAAGAAGAGGAAGCAUAA